AUGGAUGCCAAUACCGGCAUCACUGCCGACGCAGCACCUGCUCCGCGACAGAAGCCGCAACCUGGUGGCGGUCGAAGGAAGGGCACGGCUUGUGCCCGGUGCCGCUCACAGAAGAUCAAAUGCGAUGACGAAACACCAUCGUGCUUGAAUUGUGCUAAGGCUGGGCAGCCGUGCAUCCGAGCGAAUCUCGGGAAUAACCCAGAUGCCAUCAGCUAUAUCACACAGACCGAGGCACGUCUGCGGGCGCUCGAGGAGUCGCUUCGUCGGAUAGCACCCGAGGAGCUGGAGAAAGCUCCUCAGAGUGAGAAUAUCGGGUCCACUGCCGCGGCCAGUCCGUCGACACAGAUUGGACCAAGUGAGCCGCUUGCCCAUGAGGUCGGCUUGCUCUCACUUGCCAACGCCACCGAGCCCAAAUAUAUUGGACCAUCUUCGGGCGUGUCGUUUGCGCGCCUGAUCUUUGCAGCUAUUCCUCAGUCUCAAGGGCUGUCGACGGCCUCCUGGAACUCGCCACAGCAAAAUGUGACUGAAAGCUCGACGAGAGCCGCCUUGAAGCCGGCCCUGCCGUUGCCUCCGGACUGGACCCCAGAAGUGGACCUGCAACACUUCAUCGAUGCCUACUUCGAGACGUGGCAGCCGCUGUAUCCAUUCCUCAACGAAGAUGAUAUUGUAGGAAGCCUUGACGUCUUGUUCACCCGACAAGCUCCCGCUGCCAACUCCCUCCAGAUGCCUCAGCUGCGUGAUAUUGAAGCUUCUCUGUCUCCAUUCCAUGCGGUCCAGCUGUUCCUCGUCGUCGCGUUAGGUGCGCGCAUCCUUGAGGCACGUCUCUUGUCCGAAUUUGAGUCCGCUCGGUAUCUGGCGACGGCCAUGUCCCGACUAGACCGACUUGCGCUGCAUGAUAGCCUCGAGGGUCUGCAGACGAUGCUCUUGUUGACCUUGUCGGGGUUUUGUUUCGAACAUGGGCCUAACGCCUGGUUCCUGAGCCAGAACAUCAUCACGACCUGUCUUGAUCUGGGCUUCCAAAGGCGAUGGCAAGAGCCGCCACCACAAAACGCGUCCCCAGAGGCACUCAGCCAAUAUCAGGUCCGCAGAGAUCUUCGACGAGCAAUAUUCUGGUCGGCCUACUCCAUCGAGAGGAGAUUGGCGGUCGUUCUUGGCCGGCCACUUACAUUGCGUGAUGAGGCAGUCGACGUGCAAUUUCCUGGGAUCGAGAGUGAUACAACUGGUGAAAGUUUGACGGGGCUGGAGUCUUCUUUGAAUUCAGCUAAACGGAUGCGAGUUCAGACGUCACCCUACAAGGCAGCACAUUACUCCUUCCGAUUUGACCAGAUCACGGCAGAGAUCAAGCUGAUGCUCUACCGCGUUGUGAAUAAGCCAGAUGUAUUCCCGUGGCCAACAGACGUCACCGAGUGGCAAGAAAAAUGUCACAAACGCUGCGACGAGCUGUUCGAGAGCCUAAGCAACGACCUAAGAUGGCGAUCCCGCCGGCGCAGCGCCGACGGCAUCGCGCAGAGACUCGAGCUCAAGUACCACCAUUGCCUGAUGCUCCUGCACCGGCCCUCGCCCGCCACGCCGCGGCCGCGCGCCGAGUCGUGGCGGGCGUGCUACGACAGCGCGUCGCAGACGAUCCUCAUCCACUCGGACAUGCACCGCUUCUCCAAGCUGCCGCACACCUGGCUGACGGCCCACACCAUCUUCGUCAGCGGCAUCACCUUCCUCUACUGCCUCUGGGUCAACGCCGCGGUCAAGGAGGGGACCUCGAUGGACGAGUUCAACCGCAUCGCUUCCGCGUGCUCGGCCCUCCUCAAGGUCCUUGGUAAGGCGUGGAGCGUGGCCGCCGACGCGGUGGAGAAGUUCGACAGGCUGGUCGCGCUGACCUCAUCGUCGUGGAACUCGUGGAAGGAGGCGCAGGCGGAGCGGCGCACUGAGAUCGCGGUCGGCGCUUCCCUCGUGUCGCUGGCUCAGGACGGUGCCGUGGCCGAUAGCACCACUGCAGUGAACCAGGCAGACGUCUUCGACGAUGUUGGAGGCUUCAGCCUGGUCGAGCCCGAGUUCUUCCUCACUGAGCUUGGGGACAUGAGCUCGUGGUUUGACUUGGACUGGAUUGGCGAGGGAUUUAAUUUUGACGACAACAGCUAUAAGGAUUCCGGGGCUGAUAUUGCAUACAAUCUGGGUCAGAAGAAGAACCUCGAUGUCAUCACUCCAACGAUUAAUCCCAAUCCCACCAACGAUGGCGACUGGAGCUUUCCAGAUACAGAAGACGGAAUACUGGAAGCCAUCGAUAAAGGGGCGACUCACUUAUGGGCCAAUACCAUCGUGUUUGCCUCACAUCCCUUGCAGAUCUCGGCAUCGAUAGGAAAGCACGCUGAAAGACUCCGUGUUAUUGGCCAGAGCCCAUUGUGCGUUGAUCCAUACGACAACAAGGACUGGGUGAACACCCUCCUGCGGAAAUCGGGCGGUUUCACAAUGCCACGCUCCUGGGACAUACCCGCCGGGUCCAUCCCAAACGCCGACGCCUUCAGAGAACUGCCUUUCCCCGUCGUGGCGAAGCCGAUCCGCGGCCGAGGGAGCCACGGCGGCAAGGUGUGCCGGAGUCCGGAGGAGCUGGCGGCGCAUGCUAAGAGUCUCGCUGACGACGACGCGGCCGUGAUGCUGGAGGAGUUCCUCCAGGGCGAGGAGGCCACGGUCACGGUCAUGCCACCCAACGCGGAGAAGGGAUACUGGGCGCUGCCUCUGGUCUCGCGCUUCAAUCAUCAUUACGGCAUUGCGCCGUAUAAUGGCACCGUCGCUGUCACGGCCAACUCCAGGGUCGUGCCUGAUUGUGACAAGGACCCGAUAUGUGCCCAGGUGCUGAGAGAGUCGGAGCGAGCCGCCGAGCUCCUCGGCGUGACCGCUCCAAUCCGCAUCGACGUGAGACGCUACAGAGAUUCUCCCGAUUCGAGCUUCGCCCUCUUCGAUGUGAAUAUGAAACCGUUCAAUGGUUCAUACCGCGGUGUGGCCGUCAUUGACCCGGAUAGUAUUGCCAACGCGACUCUUGCCAUGUUUCAAGAGGCUGGCGUUCGGGGCUUGCGAGUGAACCUUGAUAGUCAAAACAGCACAGAGGUUUCCGAGAUUGUUCACAAGAAUACAGUCGUGGCGAAACAGAUGGACUGGGUUGUGCAGCUUUACACGCCGCUUUCCUCCCUGGUGUACCUGCACGACUACAUUAUUGACUCCGGCGUCACCUUCGCCUUCGACCACUUCGGGCACACCCUGGUCGGGUCCAAGACCAACGUGAGCAUGAACACAUAUGAUCCAUACCGAACACCAGGCUUCCGGGAGUUGAUCGACCUCGUCCAGAAUAAAAUCAUGUUCGUCAAGAUCUCAGGGCCUUACAGGGACUCUAACCAGGCGCCGCUCUACGAGGACAUGCGCGCUGUGGCUGAGACUCUCAUAAAUGCCGGUCCGGACAUGGUUGUGUAUGGGAGUGACUGGCCGCACACCAAGAGCAAGGAGGGCAAUGACCCGAUUGGGGGACGCCUGAAAGAGCAGGACUUCCAGGUUAUCAACGAUGCUGCCCUGGUCGAGAUCACGAAGGACCGGGCUGGGAGUGAUGCUCAGAUUCAGAGGCUCUUUGUGGACAACCCCAGGCGCCUUUGGCAGUGGUACGAAGACUCGUAG